AUGUUUGUUAAAAUGUCUUCAAUUUGCAAGACAAAAGGAAGAGAAAGGUGUGCUGGCAAUUCAAGACGGCAAAAUUCAGUAGAACUAUAUUUAACUGAUAGCGAGGGGAUAAGAUAUCGGGUCUGCAAAACCAUGUUUCUUAACAGUCUGUGUGUUGGAGAAUGGGUUAUAAAAAAGUGGAUAAUUCAAGACGAUCUACCUAAAGAUGUACCAAAAAACAAUACAAAAGAUGAAGCUAAAAUGCAGUUACGUAAGUUUUUUGAUUCCAUACCUAAGCUUGAAUCACAUUAUUGUCGAAAAAAUUCCUUAAAUCUGUACUUGGAACCUAUGUGGACGUCAAAAACUCAGCUCUAUGGAACAUACAGAAAAGAAUUCUGUGUCAGAGAAAAAAUUGAGCCAUUAAGCGUUACAACUUUCUAUAACAUGUUUGAAGCGCUUAAUUUGUCCUUAUAUAGACCGAAAAAGGACUUGUGUGACAUUUGUGAGUCAUAUGUAUCAGAAAUUGAUUAUAAAAUACACCGUGAUAAGAAAGAGGAAGCUAGGAACGAACUUGCUAAAGACAUCAGAACAUGA